UUCUUCAGCCCUUCUUUUCAGAAAACCAGUCACUCAUUACUUGCCGUCUUCCAACUACAUAAUACUCUCGAUCUUCUUCGGAUAAUCACCUAAUACCACACACACCAACCUUCAAAAUGUACUCCAAGACCGCCAUCAUCACCUUCUUCGCCGGCUUUGCCGCUGCCCAGAUCCACGCUCCCGUUGGCGAGCCCGCUGGUAACCCCAUCACCCGUCCUUUGAACGAGGUUGUCCCCACCUGCGAGCAGUUCACCAUCACCUGGCAGCCAACUACCCCCAACACUGUCUCUGUUCUCCUCCUCAAGGGACCCUCCACCAACGUCGUCAAGUUCGGUCCUUCUCUCGCUGAGGGAAUCGCCAACAGCGGUAGCCUCGCCUGGACCCCUGCCUCCACUCUCGAGGCCACCAACGGCCCCAACGGAUACGGCAUCCAGAUCAUUGACGAUGUCACCGGCCAGUACCAGUACUCCACCCAGUUCGGUAUCUCCAAGGGCAACUGCGAGGAGGCCGUCUCCAGCUCCAUGAUCGAGCCCAGCAGCGUCGCUGUCGCUAGCUCCACCCCUGCCGCCAGCAGCGCCUACGCUCCCGGCUACGGUGCCUCAACCCCCCUUGCUAGCCACACCCCCAUCCCUCUCCCAUCUGCUGUCCACUCCAGCGAGGCUCCUUACCCCACCACCGUCAUGACCUCUGCUAUGGUCCCUGCCUACAGCACUGGUGUCUCUGCCAACGGCACCGUCCCCAUGCCCACUGCUGGCGGUAACGCUACCACCAGCCGUCUCCCUGAGGCUACCACCAACGCCGCCUCUGGCGUCCAGGCUGCGCUCGGCUUUGCCGGUGCCGCCGCCGCUUUCGCUUUCAUGCUAUAAGCGCAUUUUCCCGGUCUCCCCUGGAUUAUGUUACUAUGUCAUGACUAGCUUUGCGUUUCCUUCCCUUCUCCGAUGAUACUCCUGGUGUUUAUUCAUAGGGUAUACCACCGUCUUGUUUGGUUCGAAUUUCGUGUGUCGUGGUCGGCGGUUGUAUCUAAAGUGGAAUGAGAGAGUGUUGCAUAGAUGAUGGCGCUAUUGUGUGCUAUACCCAAAA